GUGUGGUGGUGUGCUGACAAACUUCCAGUGUUUCAUUAGGGUCUCAGACCGCUCUGUUACAUGUUACACGACACAGAAGUAUUCAAGCCUUUGGAUUUCUCUGCUCAGAAAAAGAUUUAGGAAUCCAGAUUAAAGUAAAUAUGACUUUCAGAGGUGUUGCACUCUUACUGUGCAUUGUGUGCACUACACACUGCCUGCUCGAGCAGAGCACACAGACAAAGAAUGAAACAAAAGAUGUGCUGCUGGAUUCAGUUGAUCACAGUGCUGCCAUUGAAGAGCUGAGGAAAAAGAUUGAUGAGAUUGUAAAUGAUCUGAAUGUCCUGAAGACAGUUCAUGCUCUGCAAUUAGUUUGUCUGAAAGGCAUCAAGGUUCCAGGAAAGUGUUUCCUAGCCAGCCCAGUAAAGAAGGACUUCUAUGCUGCUUCCAAUGAUUGCAUCUCACAGGGUGGCAGCCUGAGCACUCCUGUUACAGGCAAUGAGAAUUACCAGCUCUAUGUCUAUGCCCAUGAGACAAUUGGAGCUAGGGAACACAUCUGGGUGGGCAUUAAUGACAUGCUGAAAGAGGGGGAGUGGGUUGAUAAAUCAGGGUCCAGGAUACUUUUCCAAAAUUGGGAGACAGAGGUCACCCGUCAGCCUGUCGGUGGCCGCAGUCAGAAUUGCGCCUUUAUGUCUGUCAUAGACAGCGGGAAGUGGUUCGAUGAGGACUGCCGUGCUGUGAAGGCCUUUGUAUGUGAGUUCAAUAUUGUCUGAGUGUCUGUUGCAUCUUAUUAUCUCAAACAAUGUCCUUGAAAUAUGUAAAUACAAACUGUCAGAAGUGGUGCAUCAUAACUAACAUUGUAUAUUGUAUUUGUAAUAAUCUUAGAGCUAAUACUUGGCUUUAACAAGUCAGAACUAAGAAGUACUCAAUGCCUUCACAUUACAGACAUACUGUUAUUUCUGUGAUUUAUGUAUUUCCAUACAAUCCUAAAAUGGAUAGCUAUGAUAGUAAGUAAAUGUUUAUUACAUUUUAAACAAAAUUGAUUCACAUACUAUAAGAGGCACUCAUAUUCAGAUUCAAAACAAUUCAUAUUGUGAUAAGUAAUGUAGUGCAGUUAAACAGAUUACUUCACUACACAGCCAUGUUCAGUAAAACAGAUAUUUUAUUAUCUGUUGCAUAAUAUGGCUCUUGCUGCUUCCAGAAGACUUUACAACAUAAUAAGCCAGAUGCGUGAAUGAUCUGGCACAAUACUGACAUCAUCUGAACAUUAAAAUAAAUAUUCUUAUUUAUGUAACUUA